ACUAUUCAUCACAAAAUAUGUAAAUAAAAAAAAAAAAAAUCAUCACCCCAAUAUUGGUGGAAAACCAAAAUCAUCAUCAUCAAUAACACCAUAGUGUUUGUUUUUUUCUCCUAAAGCAUGUUCUUCAACAUAGCCACCAUACUCAUCUCCAUCCUACUCCACCAUUCGGUUCCGUUAUUCGGGCUUUCGGGCCUCCACCCCCACCCGCGCCACUCCAUCGAAACCGAUAAAGCCGCCCUCUUGGCGUUCAAGAAAGCUAUAAAACUCGACCCGUUUUCGAGGCUCGCGAAUUGGGCCGACUCGAAUCCGGUUUGCAACUUCACGCAUGUGAAAUGCGGCUUAAUGCACCACCGUGUAGUUGAGAUCAACCUCAACGACUCGUCUCUCGUCGGGUCUCUCUCCCCUCUUAUCUCUAAUCUCACGCAGCUCCGCUACCUCCACCUCGUGAACAACCACUUCUACGGGGAGAUCCUGCCGGAGCUCUCCUCUCUCCGGAACCUUCAAAAACUCAAACUCGGCGGCAACGACUUCCAAGGCCAGAUUCCGGGCUCGUUGUCCUCCCUCUCCCGCCUCAAAUUGAUUUUCUUGAACGACAACAACUUGAAUGGAGCAAUCCCGCCGGAGUUCUUCUCCAACUGCACUCUUCUCAAAAACGUCGAUUUCUCCGGCAACCGACUCGCCGGAAAAAUCCCACCGGAGAUCGGAAACUGCCUCGAGCUGUGGAACCUCAAUUUGUACAGCAACGAACUCACAGGAGAAAUCCCGUUCUCCCUCGGCAAUGCGACGGGGUUGCUCAGCUUGGAUGUGGAGAACAACAGCAUCACCGGCGAACUCCCUUCGGAUUUAUUCUCUAAAUUUCAAGAACUGCUCUUUCUUCACUUAUCAGACAAUCACAUGACCAGCCACGAAAAUAAUACGAAUCUCGGCCCUUUUUUCGCCUCGCUGGCGAAUUGCAGCGAGCUAAUGGAGCUGGAAUUGGCUGGUUUGGGACUCGGUGGGAGUUUGCCUAGUUCCAUCGGCGGGCUGAGUGUUUAUAUGGAGAAGCUGCAACUACAAGAAAAUCGCAUACACGGAUCAAUUCCUUCCGAAAUCGGGAAUUUAUCCUACUUAACACUUCUCAAUCUAACAUCCAAUCUUCUCAGUGGAACUAUAACAGCCGGGAUAGGCAAUUUAUCUCGCUUGGAACAGCUUUCGUUAUCGGACAACUUCUUCACCAAAAUCGAAGCUCCGUUAGGACAGCUACCUUAUCUCGGUUCGAUCGAUCUCUCCCACAACAAUUUAUCCGGUGAAAUUCCCAAGGAACUAGGAUAUCUUUCGAGCCUAAACUUUUUGUUCCUCAACAACAAUCUUUUCGAAGGGAAUAUACCUUCCACUUUAGGGAGAUGCACUGCCCUACAAAAGCUAGACCUGUCCUACAACAGAUUGACGGGGCGGGUCCCGCCAGAGAUAACGGGCCUUCACGAAAUGAGGAUGUUUCUCAAUCUUUCGAACAACCGCCUCGAAGGGCCUCUGCCAAUCGAGAUAAGUAAGCUCGCGAGUGUCGAAGAAAUCGAUCUUUCUUCGAACUAUUUCAACGGAAGCAUCUCAAGUCUAAUUUCGAGCUGCUACGCUUUGAAGCUGAUGAACUUCUCGAAUAACUCGAUCGUGGGGAAUCUACCAGAAUCUUUAGGGGAUCUUAAAAGCAUUGCAGCUAUUGAUGUUUCGAGAAAUAAGUUAUCGGGGAAUAUUCCGACGAGCUUGAACAAGAGCGGUACACUGACUUUCUUGAAUCUUUCUUAUAACGAUUUCGCCGGAAAGAUUCCCAUCGGAGGGGUGUUUGAUUCCCUCACUAAAUCAUCUUUCUUAGACAACCCUCAUCUAUGUGGCUCCAAUAUUCGAGGUAUCCCUAAUUGCAACCACAGGCGCCACUAUUUCCGGUCUCGUUUCUUCGUGAUCGUUUUCUGCACUGUCAUAUUCCUUUCAGGCAUUUUUUCAGUCAUCUGCUGCGCAAUCGGUUAUCGGCGGCUGAGAUAUAUCGUCAAGUCCAGACAAUCCGCUAACGAGAAGAAUCAACCACCGCAAAUCAUCACGCAGAAGUUUCCGAGAAUAACUUACAAAGAGCUUCUAGAAGCCACCGGAGGAUUCGACGACGGCAGGCUCGUCGGCUCCGGCGGCUACGGCAGAGUAUACAGAGGAGUCCUUCGAGACGGGACGCAAAUCGCCGUGAAGGUGCUGCAAUUCCAGACGGGAAACUCGACAAAGAGUUUCAACAGAGAGUGCCAGGUGUUGAAGAGGAUCCGCCACCGGAAUCUGAUCAGAAUCAUCACCGCCUGCAGCUUGCCGGGGUUUAAGGCGCUGGUUCUGCCGUACAUGUCGAACGGAAACCUAGACGCCCGUUUGUACCCGCACUCCGUCGACGACAACCUCCGGACGGGAUCGUCGGACUUGAACCUCGUACAGAGGGUCAACAUCUGCAGCGACGUUGCGGAAGGGAUGGCCUACCUGCACCACCACUCUCCGGUGAAAGUCAUACACUGCGACCUAAAACCUAGCAACGUUCUUCUGAACGAUGACAUGACGGCGUUAGUCUCUGAUUUUGGGAUUUCUAGGCUGAUCAUGACCGUUGAAUCUAACGGCGGCGUGAUCGAAAAUACGGGCAACUCCACCGCUAAUAUGCUCUGCGGAUCCAUUGGAUAUAUUGCACCAGAGUAUGGUUCUGGAUCGAGUUCAUCGACAAAGGGCGAUGUAUACAGCUUCGGAAUCCUGGUACUGGAAAUGGUGACAAGAAAGAGGCCAACAGACGAUAUGUUUGUGAACGGUCUAAACCUGCACAAGUACGUCAAGAAUCACUACCACAUGCAAACGGAGGGUACUUUGGACAAUUCACUCAUUCGAUCGUUGAGGGAUCAAACCCCCGAGGUGAGGAAAAUGUGGGAAGUUGCCAUCGGAGAGCUCGUCGAAUUGGGAAUAUUCUGCACGCAAGAUUCCCCGUCUAUGCGGCCCACCAUGCUCGACUGCGCAGACGAUUUGGAUCGGCUCAAGAAGUACCUUAGCGGAGAUGCCACGGCCACAUUUUCGUCCUCCCUCGGAAUAUCCUCUUCUACAUUUAGUGAUUGUUGAGUACAAUUUUUUUUUUUUUUUUUUGUGCUUCAAAAUGUAGAAAUCAGUCUUUCAAUUCAUAUCAACUAGAUCAGUUGAA